UAAGCAAUUUAUCAAAUGCUAACUUCAGUUGAUUGAAUAAAGUUAAUUGUUGAAGGUGUCUCAAGGUGCUAAAUUUGUUCUUUUUAUUAUCAAAGUGACAAAUUUUCCUUCAGGAAGACUAAUUGAAUCAGAUCAAAAAUGACGUUGAACAAUACAUUAACAGAUAAGGAAUAUUAUCAGCUCACGAUAAGUAUCGGCAAAGCCUUCAAUUCUUACGAAGCUCCUGUAAAAUCAAAACAUGUAAGAGCUGCAAUUAUAGGGACGUAUCACUCGAACGGCGGUCAUGCUUUCUGGGCAAUUGCCAUCCGACAGCCUUUACAAGAAAAUCGCAUUACAGCAUGGAAGUUCUGUCACGUCCUUCACAAAAUCCUCCGAGAAGGUCAUCCAUUAGUGUUACAACAUUCAAUGAGACAUCGUACGAUGAUUACUGAAAUCGGGAAACUUUGGGGUCAUUUGAAUGAUGGCUAUGGGCUUUGCAUCAAACAUUACACAAAACUCCUCGUUACCAAGAUCGAAUUUCAUGAUAGAAAUCCGAGAUUUCCUGGAAGUCUUGUUCUUAAACGUGGCGAAUUGGAGCAAAUCGCUGGAAACGAUAUCAAUGUUUACUUCCAAUUAGCAGUUGAAAUGUUUGAUUAUUUAGAUGAAAUUGUGGCGCUUCAAGCAACAAUUUUCAAUUCAAUUACAACAUUUACGGUGUCGUCUCUUUCACUUCCUGGUCAAUGUCGUUUAGCGCCAUUAAUUCCAUGCAUUCAAGAUUCAAAUCAAUUGUAUGAUUUCGUAGUUCGAUUGAUGUUCUUAUUACAUGCAAAUCUACCUGACGAUUUGUUGAACGGGCAUCGUGAACGAUUCCGAACACUCUUUAGACAGUUGCAUAACUUUUACAAGCAAGCUGGUACACUGCAGUAUUUCGUCAACCUCAUCAAAGUCCCCUCAUUGCCUUCAAAUCCUCCAAACUUCUUGGUUCAAAGUGAUUUAGGAAACUACACAGCGCCUGUUGUUGUCGUUCCUCAAGAAUCGAAUGAUAGUGAUACAAAUUCUGUGGUUGAUAAUUUAGUCGACACAUCUCCGGAGUUACCUGAAAGAACCAAAACACCUCCACCACUUCCUCAUGUUGAUUUUGAUCGUUUAUUGAAAGAACGUGAUGAGCUCAUCCGACAUAUGCAACAAGAAAUUAGCAAACAAAAUGAAAUUGUGAAGAGUAAAGAAAUCGAAAAGCGAGAAUAUGAAAAUCGUGUUCAAGAUCAUAUCACGAAAAUCAACAACGAUUUGCUUGAGGCGCAACAAGAGCUGACAAAUACAAGACUUCAAAAAGAAGAAAUUGAAUUGAAAUUACAAACAGCGCCAGACUUGGAAGAAAAAGUUCAAGCAGAAGAAGAACGAGCAAAAGCUACUGAAGAUAAAUUUCAAAAGCUUAAAAAUAUGUAUACGCAAAUCAGAGAUGAACAUAUUAAACUUUUACGACAACAUGGUGAAGUGAGCAAACAAUCAGCGGAAAAUACUCGUUUAUUAACUGAAGCUUCGCAAGAGAAAGAAGAAUUUAAAGCAAAAUUGGAAGAAAUUCAACGAGAACAAGAAAUUACCAAAGAGUCAUUACAGCAAAGUGCUAGUGAGACAGAACGACAGAAAGAUGAGUUGAGUGAGAAAGUUAAAACGACGGAACGUGAAAAUUUGACUUUAUUGGAGAAGGUUCAAGAUAUUGAAUCAAAUAAAUCUGCAGAAAUUGCUGAACUGAAGAUCGUCGUUGACAAACUUCAAAAGAGUUUAAACGAACAACGUGAAAGUUCAAUGAAAUUGGACGGAGAGAAGGAAAAUCUCGAAUCAAAAUAUCAGGAAAUGUUAAGCAAAACAGCGGAUGUUGAGUCAUCUUAUCAAGAAACUUUGGCUUCUCUUGAAAAGCUGAGAAUUGUUGAAAUUGAGAAACAACAAUUGGAUCAAGAGUUUGAACAACAGAAAGCGUCUAACGAUGCACUUUCAUCUCAGAUCGAACAAAAAAAUUCUGAAUAUGAAUCACUUGAGAUCAAAUUGAAUGAACAUUUAGAAAAUUCAGCCAAAGAAAUUGAAAGUUUACAGCAACAGAUUCAAGCAAACGACGAGAAGUUUCAGCAAAUGAGUGUAAAUUAUGACCGAGUAUUGAAUGCGAAAGAAAGUUUGGAGAAUGAAAUCCAAGAUUUGUUACAUCAACAGGAAACGUUGGACCAGAAUCAUAAUGAAGCGCUUGAAAAGAUUCAAAAGCUUGAGCUUGAUUUGAUAAAUCAGAAGAUUCAAGGCGAAGCUGCUUUGCGAGCUCUUCUUGAGACGUGCGUGAAAACAUCAGCAAAAAUCACACUUCGAGCAAUUACUGAGAGUGAAACUCCUGGUGCUAGUGGAACGACGACAUACUUUAUUAUGAUUGCUGAAGAACUUCAAGACGUAUUGGAGAAACUAAAACUUGUUCAUGGAAAUUACCUCGAAGACAAUAAUAAGAACGCUGAAGCUCUUGUUCGUAAGGUUCAAGCGACUGGUCAUUUGAUUUCGUCAGUUCACGAACAAGGAAUGGCGAUUUGUAACAAAUCAACGAAUAUUGAUUCAGGCGAGAAAAUAGCAAACGAACUCAGAGAAUUUGGAAAAUCUGUGUCCAACUUCUUCGAAUCACUACACACAACAAGCAAGUCUGAUACAGUAAAUCCUCAGAUCAAUGACAUGAAGGAACAAUUGUAUAAAGUGACACAAAUGAUUGGCGAUUUGUCCAACAACAAUGAUGAGAUUGAUCAACUUGGUGAUUUAGUUGAGAAAGAAUUGAGUAGCAUGGACAAAGCGAUUGAAGAUGCUGCUCAAAAAAUUGUUGAUAUGCUCACACAAACAAAAACGUCUGAUUCGGGGAUCAAACUUGAAGUUAAUGAGAAAAUUCUCGACGCAUGCACAAAUUUGAUGCGUGCAAUUCAAAUUCUGGUUCAGAAAUCGAGAAAAGUUCAAUCGGAAAUUGUUGCUCAAGGAAAAGGUUCAGCGUCAGUUAAAGAAUUUUAUAAAAGAAAUCAUCAGUGGACUGAAGGACUCAUUUCAGCAGCCAAAUCUGUCGCAAAUGGAGCGAAAUUUUUAGUAGAUGCAGCUGACAAAGCAGUGACAGGAGAGUCUAAACAUACACUUGACAUUGUUGUAGCCGCUCAAGAGAUUGCAGCAUGUACAGCACAAUUAGUUGUUGCAAGUCGUGUCAAAGCUCCACGUCAGAGUCAAAAUCUUCAAGAAUUGACUCAAGCAUCGAGAAAUGUAACGCAAUCGACCGGAAUUGUGGUUGCAACUGCCAAAGAUUGCAGUCAACGAUUAGACGAAGGACAAGAUUUAGAUUUCACCAAACUGUCCAUACAUCAAGCGAAAACAAAGGAAAUGGAAGUUCAAGUGAAAGUUUUAGAAUUGGAACAAGCAUUAGAGAUGGAAAGAUUGAAACUUUCAGCUUUAAGACGACAAAACUAUCAAUCGAUGGAGUGAUUGAAUAUUUUAUAUGAACUUUUAUUGUAUGAGUAUUGUAUGAGUAUUGUGCAAGGCAAGGACAAAGAUUGAAGUGAAGCCUUUUUAUUUCUAUUUGACAAAAAUAACGAAAGUUCCAAGUUUAAGUAUUAGUUCCAAGUUAUAUUUUCUGGAAAUUGAGAAUCUUUAAGUUCGAAACGUUUCAUUAUUCAAUCUAUCCUCAGUUAUCCAUUAAUCAUAAUUAUGUAACAUUUAUAUCAAUCGAAAUCAUGUGUCUUUACAUUUAACUUAAAAACGUUUAACAUUUCAAAUAUUUAGAGAAGAAAGUUUUCUAAAAUCGAACAAAUUUUACUUUAAAGCUCUUUGAAUUGUCAUUUAGUUGAAAAUAAUAUUACAAAAAUUUAUAAAUGUUAAAUUUAUUAAACGUUUUUAAAGCUCACUUCAAUGUCACCAAAAAUUAUUAAGUGAUUGAACGACAUUCGUAAUUAUAUUUUAUAAAUAUAUUGAAAUAAAUUUUUAUUAUUCAUGAC